UCGCAAGAUGGGAACCUGCCCACGGGAAUUUUGGCUUUCGACAUCCGUGGACUCAGUAUCUUAAGAUUGGGGCAAUGAUGAGAAACUGCGCUUACUGUGUAGAAGCUCUCAGUGGUUGCAUGAAUUCGGAUAUUAAUGCAAAUGAGUGUACAAAGAAACACCUCAGUGAAGUGUGCAUGAAACUGAGUUCUCAUUCUUCAAUGGUCUUGAAAGAGCUAGCCGUUGUGACCAAGUCCAUGACUAAAUCUACUACGAUAGACUUCUUAGUCGAACAGAUGAAUUCUACAGUUGAAGAUCUUCAGACAACUAUAAAGUCCCUUCCUACUCAAUUCAGUCCUCCAUCAACGGGUCUUGAAGGUCAUGCUGAGGAAAAAGAAAAGAAAGAUAAUCCGAUUAUCUCACCAAUAAUAGUUCCCUUCAUGGACGUUAUACCGCUUGUUACUUUAUCUUCUCUAUUGACUGAAAUUACUAUAAGAAUUGAGAAAAUCGUUGAAGCCGUGGAUGAGUUAUCGAUGAUGGCGGACUUCAGCACUGAAAAUGAAAAGAAGAAGAAUCAACCAAAACAAAAUCAAACAAACCCUGAGAAUGAAAAUGAAAAACAAGGUAAUCAACAAACCAUGAAGGCCCUUCAAAUGGUCUGAGUUCUGCAGAGAGAUAAUUUUGUUUCUGUUUAUUAAAGAAAACAAAAAUUAGGAUGUUGUACAGUCAAAGUAUAGUGUGUGAUUGCUUCCUUAGCUUCUAUUACUUGAAGUUAUUAACUACUAAACCAACCAUGUGUAGGGACUUCGGAUUGUAUACUACAAUAAGAGAUUUGUUA